AUCGUGACAACUAAUGGCUUAAUUCCGGAAAAGGUAAUUAUUAUGCAUUUACGCUUGCGGAGUACCGAGCUACAAAUAUUUCACGUGAUUUUACCUAUAACCAGGUACAUAACUAAGGAGUGGCCUGUGAUGGCCCGGCAACCCAAAAUAUUUACAUUGUUAAAACAGCAUCAUCGCUUAACCCAGAAUCUAAAAUUGUAUUAUAAACGAUGUAAACAUAUUUAUAAAUUACAUUAGUGUAUAUAGUGGUGACUGAGGGGGAAGUAAAUGUUGGUGAAAAUUAGGCCAUUGUGUAAACCUACAACUAAUUAUAAUAUAAUAAAUAAAUUGGCCUUUUUUUUCGUAGCUUUUUAUUUUCGUGAAUUUUUUUCCAACAUUCGCUUGCUUAUAAGGCUUGCUUACGCCCUAAGGCCAUAAGGACAAUCUCCCCCCCUCUGAAAUUUUUCCAAAAGUAUUAUUUAUUAUUUUCAAGAAAAAUACUAAUUAUGGUUGUAACAAAAUUAAUAUAUGAUUUAGUUUAAAUUUCCUUCUGAAAAUUUGGUCCAGCUACAACCAUGCCUGUGGAUAUAAUCAAUCAUGAAUCAACCAGUGGCGGCUCGCGCUUAGGUGCGAAUAUAUGCCGGUUGAUUACAUUAAAUUUUACAGUAAAUUUUAAAGUAAAUUGCAAAUUGCAGUUGUAAUUAUUAAAGUAGGUUAUAGGUAAUAACUAAUAAUAAAAAAUAAAAUAAUAAAAUAAAAACAAAAAUUAUUAAAAUGGUUAGGUAUUACUCGUUAAUAAAUAUAGUAAAUAAUACCUAAUCAUUAUUAUUUGUUAUUGUGCGUAGGUUUCUGUUGCUAUCUGGUUUUAAUUUGUAAUACUUUUGCAAUUUAACUCUGAACCAUCCAAAACCCAAUGAUUUGAAUUAAUUUAAUUAAGUAUCUAUCUAUCAAUAAACAACAGUGUAAAUAAUAAAUAUUCUAAGUAAUCAUUAGACCAAAGUAAUUUAUUGAAUAGGUACAGUGUUCUAUUAUUUAAACAUAUUUUUACACAUAGGUACACCCGAAAAACGCGUACCUAUACAUUAUUUAGCGUGCAAUGGAAAUACAUAUUGACCUUGGUUUUAGAAUGACAAAACUAACAUUAAAUUGUGCUCUUUCGUGAAAUUAGUCAAAUAAAUUGACGCAAAUCUGUUUUGAAAAAUCCUGGAGAGCACAAUAUGGGUAUCAAGACGUUGCAGACGAUUUAAAUAGAUACGAAUAUUAACGCGAACCAGGACCAUAAAAUUAUCCAAGUUGGUGUGUAAAUAUUAUAAAUUAUUAUUUUAGUCGAUUCAUCGGUAGAAUACAUUUUAAUCAUUUGGUUUAUUAAUGGUCAGAGACUAGAGUGGUGUUUAAAAAUCAAGGCCACAGAUAUGUUUUGCGAUAACAUUUUAUUCAUCAUAUUUUUAUGAAUAUGAUUUGCGUUUCAUAUAAUUUCGUAUGGUCACCACUUGACAAAAAAUUAUUAAAACCUAUGUCGUUGAAUUUAUUGAUUAUUGUGUAGUGAACGGUGAUAACCGCCCACAGCCGUUUUUAUCACAUUAUCUUAUCACACUCUAUGAAUAUUACGAAUUGAAAUCCUAGUAAUUAUUGUCAACUAUUUUGCAAAAUGUGAACAAUACGUCGAUAUUCUAUAACAAUUAUUGAAAUUCGCGAACCGGUGGGGUAAACUGACACCGAUCGUCUUUCUUUCUAUGCGUUGUGUGUCUACUUAUGUAUAAUUUUUUUUUUUUUAAAUAAUUCUUAUAAUAAUUUGCCAUAACGAAUAAAACAAAUUCAAUGUAGUCACCGAGUGGUAAGGAACAAUUCCAUAUUGGUUUAAGGUUCAAUAAUCGUCAUUUGAAAUGAAGUCGCCACAGAAUAUUUUACUGUUUAUUCUUCUGAUUUUUAUGCUUUGUCGAGGGCAUUACAGCAGCGUGCGUAAUCGCAAGGAUUUAUGUCCUAAGAUCUAUCCAUGGGUGUUUGUUGGCUAUAGACCACUAAGUAAAUAAUUAUUGUUUAUUUUAAUUUUGUACACCUUUCUAUCUGAAUUAACUGAUGUCUAUUGUAUUAUUUUAGGUAAAGAAGAUGCUGGGAUAUAUGAAAAAAUUCCAAAUGUUACAUUUGAUGGAUGUAUUGAAAAAUGUUGUGAAUCUGAUGGUUGUAACAUAGUUUUCAUGCACAGAAAUGAUUGUUAUACGGUACUUGUAUAUGAUAUUUAAACAAUUAUAUAAUAUAUAUUUGUAUCAGUGAAUACUGUGUACAUUGUACAGAUUGAAUAUUUAGUUAUUUAAUAAAUUAUUUUUACUGACUUACUAUAUAGGAAGUCAUUUGCUCAGCAGUUUUAUAUAGAUAUCUAUAUUAUAUAUAAUUAUUAUUGGAUCAACAUUUUAUUAUUUUAUUUAAAUGGUAUUUAAAUUUAGAAGUGUGAACCUAAUGAAUAGUAAUUGGGAAUCAUUUUUUAAUACGAUCACUGAUUAUACAUUAACAAACUUUAAAAUUAAAAAUCUUAUUCCAUUAUUUUUUGAGAUCUUUUAUUAUAAAAUAUAAUAUAAGUAUCUACCUACUUGCUAUUUACCUUUGCAUUUAGUUUAAAAAGUAUAAAAGUAUUCAUAAAUAUAAAAAAUCUUUGGUUCUGAGUUAAUAAUAAAGUAUUACUGUAGUCUAGAUAAUAUUUUUAUCAUAUUAAUUUAUUUUAUUUUUGUGAAUAAGAUUUUAAAAUCAAAACUGGUGAAUUACUGAUUAGUAGUAUCUAGUUAGGUUACAUGUUAGAUUAAUUGGAGGUAUGUUCAAGUGGUAUAAGCUUAUGAAAUAUGUAUUUACAUUGUGUAUAGAUUAUAACUAUGUGGUUCUUUUUAAUAAAAAUAUUUGUAUUUACCCAUUACAUAUUUAAGGAAAUAUAAAGUUGUAUAUUUAAUACUACUAUUGUCUGUUUAUGAGUAGCACAUAUAUAUUUAUAGAACUAUUAAAUAUUCAAAGCCAAACAAUAAUAAAAUAAUUUUAAUGAAUAUUGUAUUUUGGGUUUUAGUUUUUUAAUAAUUUAAUAAUUUCAUAAUAUAUACAGUAUUUAAUACAGUCUACAAUUUACCAUUAUUUCAUAUAAAUAUUGUGAUUUCAUUUAAAUUACCCAAAACUUAAGUACAUAAACUGGGUAAAUAAACCGACUGUUAUGUUGUAUUAUUCAACUUAUAGUGUUCCAAAUAAAUCAUAAUUUAUUUUAUUAAUAUUAAAAAUGAGUAAUAUAUUAUGUUUAUUCAUAUUAGCUUGCAUGUAAAACAAAUGAUGAUUGUGUACCAGUUUAUGCUAAAGAACACAUGUCAGUUUUUGACUUUAAAAUGAUUUUGGUAGCUCCAGUUUUACCUGCUAAAUAUUGGAAUGAUGUAUUAGAUGGAGGAAGUUUAACUGAGCCAGAGUAAAUAUUAUUGAUUAGAUUUUAUUUUUAGAUAAAUUACAUUGUUCUUAAUAAUGCAAAUUUAUAUUAAAUUAUAUGUUUAGAGAUCCUAAAGAAGAAAAAGUAUACUCAUUAGAUAAAAUCUGUGAAUCAAACAAUGAUUGUACAGAUAAUGAAUUUUGUGAUUCCCAAAUUGGUAUUUGCGUUUGUAUCAAUGGUUUUCAGUUAGAUGAUACUAAAAAAUUUUGUUCACCGAAUACUGGCAGUAUGGGAUUAUUAGGAUUAAACAUUUCCAGCUAUGAUGUAGAUGAGUUAAAUAAUGUUAUCCCAGAUCAACAACAACAACUUCAACAACAGCAAUUACAAAUGGACACUUUCAAAAAAGUAACAUUUAAAUGACUAUUUAAUAUUAGAUAUUCUAAUAUUACUAUUCUUAAAUUAUUUUAAAUUUUAGGUAUUAGUUGAAAGUGAAUCUCAAAAGCCACCAGAAAUUAAACAUUUAGUUGUCUCAGUUUUAUCUAAAGUGUUAAGAUUGCCAGAAAAUGAAGCUACGCUUUCAGCGUAUACUGUGCCAGCAGACGACACAGGUAUUUAAUAACUUAUUUUUUAUUAUUCCUUUUUAAAAUUAUUAUUAUUAUAGUUUAAUUUGAUUUAGGUCAUAGUUAUCAAUAUGAAUGGUCAUUGAUUUCAAAAACUCAAGGAUCUGGACAAACUGUAUCAAUGAAUGAUCAAAAUGGAAGUUCAUUAAAACUUUCUAAUUUAGUUGAAGGUCUUUAUAUGUUCAAAGUGACUGUUACUGGCACUGGUGCUUUUGGAGAAACACAAGCUAAUGUUACAGUAUUACCACGUAAUAUUUACAAAUAUAUUUCAAUAAUUUUAUGAUUGUAUUAAUAAUUGUUUAUUUUAAAGCACAAAGAAUUAACACACCGCCAAAAGCUGUAAUAUUACCAUCAUCCUUAGUGGUAAAAUUGCCUAAUACAGUAGCUGUACUGGAUGGUUCAAGUAGUCGUGAUGAUACUGGUAUUAUACAUUGGCGUUGGGAACUACAAAAAGGUCAAUUAGGAUAUAGACCUCAUUUACCGCCUGAUACUCCAACAUUACAAUUGAAUGAUCUUCAAAUACCAGGAAACUAUACAUUCAAGUAACUAUUUAAUUCAAAUCUAAAAUGCCUUGAAAUAAAAUAAAUAAAUUUUGUUUAUUAUUUUAUUUCAAGGCAUUUUAGAUUUGAAGUAUAGCGAUAUAUUUAUUGAUUUUACUAAGAUGUGUAUAUUUUUAAAUCUUCUAUUUUUUCUUUCUGUGGAAAACAUUUCUACUAAAAAUCUUGCUCCGUUGUAUCAAGUGUAGUAUCUUUUCUGAAAGAAAAUUUUAUCUAGUCAACCCAUUAGCGAGGUUAUUUUUAAAAUUUACAAUGGGUUUUAAUAAUAAUUUGUAAAUGAUUUGUAGAGACUUGAAAUUUUGAUGAAAAUUGUAAAUAUUAUAGCCUUUUAAAACAUCUAUAGUCAAACUUCUCUCCGAAUUGUUUUUUGUUAACAUUGGUUUAUCAUUGCUUACAUAUAUAAAUUAAAUAACUUUAUGUAUUCUACUUUUCCAACUUCCUACAAUGGCACACCCAUCCCCAGUAUCAGCUCUUUUUAAUAAUUUGUAUUUUAGUUUGAAAAGUUAAAAUUUUAUAAGAAUAUUUAGAGAAUAUUUAUUUUAAUAAUAAAUAAAUAUAUUAAUUUUUAAGGUUGACUGUUAUGGAUGCAUGGAAUGCCACUGACUCAACUACAGCUAAUAUUACUGUUAUGCGUGUUCCGGAUUAUCCACCAGAGGCAAAUGCUGGUCAAGAUAUGGUAGUUUAUUUACCAGUAAAAAAUGUUACUUUAAAUGGAAGUUUAAGCACAGAUGAUCAUGGUAUUGUAGCAUGGGAAUGGACAAAGAGUUCUUCAGAUCAAAACAAAGCUGUUGACAUUCAAGUAAAUAUAUUUUAGUUUUUACUUGUGAUAAAACAAUAUUCAAUUAUAUUUAUUUGAAUUAUCCAUUAGGAUACCCGUACGCCGUAUCCUAGGUUAUCUAAUUUAGAAGAAGGGUUGUAUACAUUUGUAUUGAAAGUUACUGAUAAUGCAAACCAAACAUCAAGUCCAUCAGAAGUACAUGUCUUUGUCAAACCACCAACUAAUAAACCGCCUAUAGGUAUUUUUAUUUAUAUUUAUAAUAAUUUAUACGAAACUAAAUUAUUUUGUUUGCUUUAGCUGUUGCUGGUAAAAAUGUCACAUUAUCAUUGCCUCAGACAUGGGCAUUGCUAGAUGGUUCAAAAAGUAGUGAUGAUAUUGGAAUUGAAAAAUGGAAGUGGUACCAAAUUAGGUAAGGAAACAUCUUUUUACAUAUAUCAUUUACGGUAUAUUUAAAUUUGUUCAUAUAGUGGCCCUUCAAAUGUACACUUUAAUAACAAUAAUGCGUCUAGAACAAAUGUUACUGAGUUAACCAAAGGCAUUUAUGUAAUUGGAUUAAUUGUCACUGAUGGAAAUGGAAAUAAUGCAUCUGAUAUUAUUAAAAUAACAGUGUAUCAAAGUAAGUAAAUAUUUUAUACAAAUUUAAAAAAAAAAUACCUUUGUUGUAGUUUAAAAAUAGUUAUUUCAACCUAAAUAAUUUUUUUUUAUAAAAUGUUUUAAAAGAUCAUAUUAAAACUGUAAUUUUAGCAAGUAAUCCUAGCAAAUUUGUGAUCAUGCAAGACAGUUAGUUUUGUGUUGUUAAUUUAUUAUAUAAGUGAAUUGACUUAUUAUACAAUUUAAAAUUAGAACAUUAUUUGUGUCAAGUUUUUGCUAUUUUUUCCAAUAUUUUAAUUUUUAAUUAAGAUGAGUAUGUGAAAUAUCACAAUUUUAUUAUGUUACUUGAAAAUUAAAAUAUUGAAACAUAUCCCUUAAAAUAUUGAUGUUCAAAUAAUAUUAAAUUUCAUAAAAGGUCAAUUCACUUUAAUGUUAAAACUAGUAGUACAAAGCUGUCCCAAGUGAACACAAAUUUGGUAUGCUAUAUAUUUUUAAGAUUAAGACAGCACAUGUAUGUAUAGCAACUCUAAAGUUGAAAAUAAUUACCAUAUUAAUAUAUUGAUUAUUCCUAUAAAUAGUUCAUAUACUUUAAAAAUAUUCUGGCAUUAUGAUUUUAUCUUCUUACUUUUAUUACAUUUUAUUAUACAUUUCAGAUAAAAAUACUCCACCAAAAGCUAAUGCUGGUGGAGAUAAGACUGUUGUAUUACCAGUUAGUGCUAUUGUUCUAAAUGGUUCAUUGUCAUGGGAUGAUUUAGCUAUUGUCAAAUGGGAUUGGAUUCGUGAACCUAAUUCUUUAGCUGCUGGAAAUAUAAUUUUAAAUUCAGAUCAUUCUCCAGUUUUAAUUGUAUGUAUAAGUAUUAUAUAUUCAAUUUUUAAAUCGAAACUUAACAAUUUUUUUUUGAUUCAGGUAACAAACAUAGUAGAAGGGAGGUACGUAUUUCGUUUAAAAGUUACCGAUGAUCAAGGAGCUUCUAGUGAGGACACAGUAUCAGUUAAUGUUAAACCCGGUAAAAUGAAUUUAUUAUUAUUAUUUAUUUAUAAUUAGAUAAAAAUAGACUUAUAAAAUUAUAAUUCAUUUUUAGAUCCAAUUGCAAAGUCCAUUGUGAGUUUGACUCUGUAUAUUGAAGCGAGCCGUUUAACUCAAAAUCAAGCUGAUGAAGUAAUUUUAAAAUUGAGAAUGUUAUUACCAACUGGUAGUCAAUUGAAGGUUAGAAAGUGGACAGAAGAACAAAAUUCUAAGCGAGCACAAUUGCAUUUCUUUGUCGAUGACAAUAAAAAUAAAACACUCCCUGGACCAAAUGUGGUUUCGAUGUUAAAAGCGAAACUCAAACAGGAUUCUUCGCUUUUACAACUAUCAGUUGACAAUAUUCAAACUACAGUUUGUCAAAAUAAUUGUUCAGGUUUGUAUUUAAAUCAUGUUAUUUUUAAAAUGUAGUCUACAUUAUUUAUAAUUCUAAUGAAAAUUUAAAUAUGUUUUAAAACAUUUUUUUUUAUAUAGGACAUGGAAUCUGUGAAGAAGAAACACGUAUAUGUGUUUGUGAAGCAUUUUGGAUGCAUAAUUUGUAUAGAACUUUAUUUGGAGAUGGGGAAUCAAACUGUGGUAAAUCAAAUUGUAUAAUUUACAUUAUUUUUUACUAUGUAGAUUCUUUUAGACUCUAAGGCUGGGUUGCAUAAAUUUUUAUUAGCGAUUUACAGAGCCUCACUACCAGCUUAUUAAAAAAAAAUUGGGUGUUGCUUGAACGCUCGUUAUCAUUAACAGGUCUGUAAUUUCUUGGCUAUUUACAGGUUCAAUUUUUUGUCUGUAACUUUUACAGAUAUCAUAGGUAGGUUCGUUAAUAGGGUCUCGAUGUUUAUGCACUUAUAUAACUGCAAUAUGUAUGCAUUUAUGCACUAAAAAAUUACCAAAUAUGCAUUGAAAAUCAUAAAAUAUGCAUUUUUAGUUUAAGAAAAAAAAAACACCAACACAUGCACAAAAAAAAAUGUAUUUUACCUUAAGUUUAAUUUUGUAUACUGGUUUAAUUUGUUCAAAUUGUAUGCUUUUUUUUUUUGCUUUAUAUUUCAUUAUUAAUUAAAAUUAUUUUUAAAAAAGUUCAAAAAUGUACUGGAAUAUGCAUUUAAAAUUCAAAACCAUAAAAUAUGUAAAGUAAAAAAAGUAGUAUUUAAUUCUGUAAAAUAUGAAUCAAAUUUGUAUCCAGGUCAGCAUUGAAUUGGAUAAAUAGAAAAAAAUAUGAAAUUUCAUAAACAUCCGAACCCUAAUAAUAAGAAUUAUAAUUUCUUUCUAAAAGUAUUCCAUUUCUAGUUUUUGGAUUAUUACUAUUGUACAGCUUGGUUAUUUCUUCCAGAGACUGGUUUUUUUUUUUUUUUUUUUUGACAUUAACAAAAUCAGUCUAAAAGGCAUAUUAAUUUUUACCUUGCUUAGCAUAUUUUUAUUAAUAAUUAAGUUAACCAGUCAAACAAAUACCUUAAUAUUUUAAUAUUAUGUGGAAUUAUCAAUUCCAUUAAUGUUAUUUUUUUGUCGUUGAGUAAAGUUUUUCUGACUUACCCUUUUGGCACCAUCAUCAAAGAUCAAACAAAUAUUAUAAUGUACAUUGUGGUUCGAUUAUUAUUUUCAAAUAUUUAUUUAUUAUUAAUUAUUGACACUCAAUAAUGUAAUUGUUAAUCAUUAUGGUAAAAUAAAAUGUAAUAUAAUUUAUUUGUUAACCAUGGUUAUCAAUAAAAUACAAAUCUUUUAUGCAACUCAUAUUUUUUUUUUACAUACCACUAAAAUGUUACAGGCUUGUUAGUAAAGUUACAGAUUGAUCUUUAUGCAACCCACCCUAAAUAAAUAAUGUAAACGUGUCUAAAUUUAAUUUGUAAUAUUUUUAUUUAAAACUAUAUAUUUAUUUUUUACUGAUUAAUAUUCCAUUUAUAUCAAUAAUGACUUAUUAUAAUUAACUAAUGAUAUAUUUUUAGUUGCUAAUUAGUAAUAUUAUAAUUUGUUAUAAAAAAAAAUACCUAUGCUAAUUUAUGUGUUAAUUAUAAAAUUUAUAUUUUAUUAUACAGAAUGGAGUAUUUUAUAUGUGGUCAUCAUAUUAGUAGCAAUGUUUGUAACUACAGUAUUUUGUUUUUGGAGUAUUGCUUGUUUUUGCAAUCGUAUAUGCACAACUAAACAAAAAAUCAAAAAAUAUAAGUUGGUUGGGGUUGAUGACGAUAGCCAUUCAAUGAAAAGUGAGAUUCAUUAUUUAUUGUUAAUAUUUUUAUUGAUAAUUUUAUUAAAUAUUUAGGUUCUAUGUCACACUUGGAAUUAUCUGACACAGAUUCUGAUUCAGACGUGUUGUUAGAUGUCAGAAAAGCUAAAAUGAAUCAAAACAGCAUGUCAAACAAAUUUUUGAAUGCUUCACGCUACAAGAAAAACAAGAAAAUUAAUGCUUGAUCUAUUGGAGAGCAUAUAAACAUUUACAACAAACAACAGUCCAUCAUAAGCCUCACAUUAAUUGCACUAAGAGCUUUAUUAUUAGAGAGAAAAAUGAACGAUUUUUAUAAUCUGUUUCUAAGCAUAAACGGACAGAAUAUUCGAUACAAUAUUUAAGUUAUGAAAAAUGCUUGUUGAUGAACUAAAUAUAUUUUACACUUAAAUUAUAUUAUUCUAAUAUUAUAUUCUGAACAAAAGCUUUAUAGAAAAUUUUGAUGUAUUGUUGUCUAGUCAUGCUUAAUUUGUUUAAUUGCAAACUAUGUUGUGACAAAGAGUAACACGAUUUUCACAAUUAUUAGCUUUAGUGUUUUUAUUUUUAUUAUAAAUAUUAAAUAAUUAUUCCUAUAGGUACCAAAAGAAGUUAAAUAACAAAUAUUAAUUUUCAAUUACAAUUAUGAGCGAAGAGGAAAAAAAAGAACAAUUAAUAUUAAUCCAAUAGGUAUACCUAUUAAUAAUUGUAUUCAUUAAAAAUAAAUUGUUAGGUAUAUAAUAAACAUCAGUGUCAAUUAUAAAAUCCUUUAUUUAUUAUUUUGAAUGACCUAAUUUUAUACUAACAUGAAAUAUUUUGUAAGAUUUACUACUUGUGAAAUUGUAAUAUAUUUUUGUAAUUUACAAUUUAAUGAAGAAACCAAGAUUGUUAAAACUACACAAUAAUUUUUCCAACAAAAC